CUGAGCAGCAGUGGAGCGACGAGUGUUCAUUACUCAAGCGCAGCCAGCCUUGGCUUGCUUGCAUAUGCGUGCGCAACUCGGAUUUGUGGGUCCUCCCCACGCUAUCAUCACUUCAAAUUGUUUAGCGAAUAACUGCGUUGUUAACUAUGGUGACAUCUCUCAAGUAAUUCAACAAUUUUUUCCACAAAAAUACUGUUAACAACUGCUUUAUUUGAAGUCCACGAAUAGGCUUCGGGUGUACAUCUCUAAGUGCGUUAACCUGAAAACGUUUGCUAUUAAAAAGAACGAACUCCGAAUCACGGCUAUUGAACAAAAAACCUACUCGAGGUAUUUAAAAUUUAGUUGGGAAAAUGGAUGAGGAUUUGGAGGAAGUUUUCACUCAAAAUUGCUUUAGAGUCACUUCAUUAUCAGAUAUGAUAAAGUCUCAAUUAGGUAUUAGUUAUGGAAGUUAUAGUCAAUUAAACAAAGCUCUGAGAAGUGGAGAUGAAAAAACUGCAAAAUAUUUGAUACAAAAUACAGCUAUAAGUAGAAGUUCGCUUGCUGACUGUGUCACUACACCAUUGCAUUUAGCAGUAAAUUUGGGAAGUUUGGAAAUUGUUCAAAUGCUAUUGAAUAAAGGAGAAUCUGUUAAUGCUCGCAACUGUAAUCAUGAAACACCACUAGUGGUUGCAUGUAAGAUGAAGAAAACUGAACUUAUUGACACUUUACUUUCAGCUGGAGAAAUAAAAAAUAUAUUAAAUAGAGAAAACUUAUCACACAUGCAUAUUGCUUGUAUGAGGAAUCGUGUUGAUAUUGUAAAAAAGUUUUUGCAGGGUGGAGAAUUAAUUGAUUGGCAAGUUCAUCCUAAUUCACUUUACUGGCCUGGAUAUACGUCAUUACAUUUUGCAGUUAAAUACAAGUGUUAUGAUACAGUCAAGUUACUUCUGAACUGUGGUGCUGAAAUUUCAAUAAGAAAUAAAAAGAAGCUGACAGCUCUUCAUAUAGCUGAUAUGAUGAGAGAUGAGGUCAUGAUCGAUUUAAUUUUGUCAACUAGUCAAUGUCACUUGACAAAUCCAGUGAAUUGUGAAGGAUUAUCACAUUUUCACAUAGCAUGUACUAGGAAUAAUCCAAAUCUUGUUCAGAGCUUUAUAGCACAAGGAGUAGAUAUCAAUGCAUCUGUUUCUAAUAAUGCUAUGAGUAGACCUGGAUAUAAACCUAUUAAUUUUGCUAUAGAAUAUGAAUGUGCAGAUGUAGUUAAAGUUCUUCUUUCCGAAAAUGUAAAUUUAUCUCUAGGCCUUGCCAUUGUGAAUCCAAUUUUAGAAGUUUAUAGAACUGCAAAUACAGAGAUUAUUGAUUUAGUUUUAUCAAAAAAUGAUCUUGGAAAAAAGUGCACUGAAAGUACAAUGGAGGAAUUCUCAGAAGAUAGAUCUAUUGUUGACAGCACACCUUUACAUCUUGCUGUACAGUCCUGUGAUGAGACAAAAUUAAAAUUACUCCUAGAAAAUGGGGCCUCUGUCAUUAUAAAAGAUAAGCAAGGCAAAACCCCACUUCAUCUUGCUUUUGAAAAAAAAGAAGCAGAUAUUUUAGAUAUGCUACUAGGAGCUCACCAAACUUGUCAUAGUAAUCCAGUCAAUCAUGAUGGGCUGUCACACUUUCAUAUUGCUUGUGCAAAAAAUGAAGUAAAACUUGUGAAGAUGUUUAUAUGUAGUGAUGUCAACAUUAAUAAAUAUGUUAAUAAAAAUUCAAUAUUUUGGUCUGGCUACACAGGAUUACACUUUGCUGUAGAAUUUCAACAAACAGAAACGGUAAAGCUUCUUUUAGAAAAUGGAGCUGAUGUUACAAUUAAAAAUGGCAUUGGUUUUUCUUCUCUAGAUCUGGCAAUUAGGUUACUUGAGCCAUCCAGCUAUCAUUUAGAGGAUUCUGAAGAUAUAUUGAAUAUACUUAAAUUAAUUUUGUCCAAGAUACCUCACAGAAUUAAUGAUGAUUUUGAUGAUAGAGGAUUCUCUUUGUUAAAUAUCUAUUGUAUUUUAAAUGACGUUGAAAAUGCUUCUCAAUUUAUACAAUUAUACCCAGAUAAGAUAAACAAAUGCGUUAAUUGGCCAGUUUCUGAUUGGUGUGGUUAUACACCAUUGCAUUUUGCAGCUCAUUAUGGUAAUACAGAAAUUAUUGAAACUCUGAUAAAGUUAGGAGCAGACAUAACAGUAAUAAACAAAGAUGGAAAUACUCCAGCGCAUUUAAUAUUUUUUACGAGAUGUUUCAUGCCAGAUAUUAAUUUACUUUUCGUUAGAGAAAAUUCUGAAUUACUUUACGUGAAGGAAAAUCCAGUUGGUGAUGAGGGCUAUUCUCAUUUGCAUAUCGCAUGCACAAUAGGAAACGUCGACGCAGUCUCGUACUUCCUAAAACAAGGAGCCGAUGUAAAUCAACCAGUAGUAUUUUCGAAGGUUGAGGACGAAUGCACUGGCCAUACGUCACUUCAUUUAGCGGUUAAUAGUGAAUUUGCUACAGAAAAUUUGAUUCUUCUCCUUUUGAAGAAUGGAGCUAACGUACACCUAAGAACUAUCGAACUAAAUACACCAUUGCACUGCAUAAAACUACAUAAACACGAAGGUGUGAGGAUAGCAACAGCUCUAUUGAAGUAUGGAGCUGAUAUAAAUGCCAAAAACAUUUGUAAUGAAACGCCUCUGUUCUCGAUUUGUCGUGAAUGGAACAAUUAUAGUAUUAUUGAUCUACCUAAGAAGAUACGUUUCCUCUUGAAUAAUGGGGCAGAUAUUAAUAUUGAAAAUGAUCAAGGUCAAACUGUUUUAGAGUAUAUUGAACGGAACCUUGACGCCAACGUGGCGAGUAAAUGCGUAUUCAUGAUUAUGAAGCAUAUAAAGAGAAAACAAUUGAUUGGCGAUUACGUGAGCUACAAAAAUAUUAAGCGAUUUAGAGAAUUGACAGCAGGACAGCACGAAAAUAACGUACAUUAUAACAUGGAUGGCUUUGCUACACGAUGUGCAUCAGAGCUUGAAAGAUUGAGGAAUACGUAUAUUGAUAAUUAUACAACGUUAUGUGAUAUUUUACUUAAGAAUCCUACCGAGAUGACGCUUCAUAGUCAAAACAAUGAACUUCGUAAAAUAAUCUCUUCAGCUAAUUUUAAUAAAAUGUUUCCGAUUUACGGUCGUUUAAUUAAAACUCAGUUUGAAAAUGGCCUUAAAAGAAGACCAGUAUUAGAAGUCUCUAAACCGAAAUUUAGCACUUUAGUUGGUCUAUCGUUACCUAGUAUUCAAGAAAAUAUUUUACAACACUUGAAUGAUGAUGAUUUAAAAAAUAUUAUACACGUAUCCACUUCUAAAACUGAAUAAUUUGAAUACAUCGACAAAUAUCUGAAGCAGUGAUCACAUAAAGUGAUCAAUUUCGGAUUAGCUUAAACUUCGUAGAUCAUUAUUUUUCUAAUAUAUAAUACAACUCGAUGUGACGUUUGAUAUAAAGUUUAAUAUUUAAAUAAAUACAUUCUAUUUUUUGUGAUACUAGCUGUAUAAUUUUCUUCUUAAUGUUUUUUUUUUUAAAUCUUGCACAGCAUUUAACUCUUUUAAAUACUUUUUGUGUUAAUUAAAAA